CACGCACGUGUGUCAUUAAGGGCAAUGGUAAAGACUAGAGCCGGCCCUGGCAGGGAACUCUGCAAGGGGGGCUGUGGACUCUGGGUGCCCCCUUUGCAUUGGGCUGCAGGCAGAAGCCCUCCGAUGCUGGAAGGGCAACUUGGAGAAUUUCCUGCCCCUUGUCUCCCCCCCCUUUUUCAGCUCAUUGCUCCCUCUGGACCAAGCAAAGAGACAAGCGACUCUACAUUUAGGGUUGCCAUUCGCACGCUCUCUUGUGCGGGAGUCGGAAGCUCCUCUGUGACCCACCAGGCCUUGGACGCGUGAGCGGGGCGUUUUCAGGAGCCAGCGGGUUCCUUGGGAUUUCAGUUUAGGGGACACGCCGGUGAAUAACAAGAGGAGCACCCUGGUGGGGUCUCUCCGCUAAAUGUUCUGGGUUGCAAAUCCCUUUGGAAGAAAAAGAAGGCCUCCAUAUUGCAAGGCUGGAUCCGCACGUGCCAGAGCAAAACUAAGCCCAAGACCCCACAUGCAGGUGGCACCUCCAGUAAGGGCAGACUUUGGCAGAAGAGGGAGGAAUCUCUUGGGCCGGGUUGGAGAUACCUUGGAACAGUAAUCCAAGAUGGAAGACCAGGACUCAGCUGGUCCUGAAGCAACAAGAGGUCCAGAUAUCAUCCUUGCUGGCAGUCCUGGGGAAUUCUGGGAAAGAACAGUGCAGAAGAUCCUGGGUAAGGAGGACGCCUUCUGCUCAGAUGUACAGCGCCAGCAUUUCAGGCAGUUCUGCUACCAGGUGACCAAAGGGCCCCGAGAGGCUUGCAGCCGACUCCACAACCUCUGCUGUCGGUGGCUGAAGCCAGAGCACCACAUAAAGAAUGACAUCUUGGACCUGGUGAUCCUGGAGCAGUUCCUGAUCGUUCUCCCAGAAGACAAUGAGAACUGGGUUAGAGAGUGUGAACCACAGACCACUUCCCAGGCGGUGGCCCUGGCCGAAGGUUUCCUCCAGAGCCAGGCAGAGGAGAAGAAGCAGGCAGAGCAGCAGGUCAAGGGUCUGUUUGCACAAGUGGUCACUGAUGCCCUUGAGUCACGGAAGACUCCGUUGGACCCCAGAGAGAGUCCCCUGUCAGGAGAGUGACAGACAUGCCACUUCACUCAGAAUUGGCACCACCCUUCAUUAGGACAGACAGAAAUUGGCAGAAGACGAAAGAGUUCCUUCCUCCUUGGAGCGCAGAUGGAUGAGCAAGGCUCCACUGGCCCUGAAGCAGGAAGAGGCUCUGAUGCCGUCAAGACUGGGAGCAGUGGGGGAUUCUGGGAAAGAGCUGUGAAGAAGGUCCUGGGUGAGGAGGACACCCUCAGCUCAGAUGCGCAGCGCCAGCAGUUCAGGCAUUUCCGUUACAAGGAGGCUGAGGGUCCCCGAGAGGUUUGCAGCCAACUCCACCAUCUCUGCCGUCAGUGGCUGAAGCCAGAGCGGCACACAAAGAAUGAGAUCUUGGACCUGGUGAUCCUGGAGCAGUUCUUGGCUGUCCUUCCACCGGAGAUGGAGAGCUGGGUGAGGGAAUGUGGUGCAGAGACCACUUCCCAGGCGGUAGCCCUGGCCGAAGGUUUCCUCCUAAGCUGGGCAGAGGACAAGAAGCAGGCAGAGCAGCAGGUAAAGCAUCUCUUGGCAGAAAUGGGCACAAAUUUCCUUGAGGCAGAGGGGACUCGAUCGGGCACCGGACAGAGGCCGCUGGGUGAUGGACUGAUGCCAGCAAGAUCUCCUCAGCGGUCUCAUCUUCGCAGUGGAGCGGAAGCAGUUGCUGUGGAAUUGGAUCAGGGUCCAUUGUCCUUUGAGGAUGUGGCUGUGUAUUUUAUGGAUGAGGAGUGGGCCAUGCUGGAUCCUGACCAGAGAGCUCUGCAUAAUGAAGUCAUGGAGGAGAAUUGUGGGAUAGUGGCCUCUCUUGAAGGUAACGACUUGGAAAUCAAGAAUAAGGGAGACCAUAACAAUAUCCACAGAGUUGGGAAACCGUAUAAAUAUUUGGAGUGUGGAGAGAGCUUCAGCCAGAGCUCCCAUCAAAGAACUCACAGCGGGGAGAAACCCUAUCAGUGCUUGGAAUGUGGAAAAAGCUUCACCUGGAAGAAAAAUCUCAGUUCCCAUCAAAGAAUUCACACCGAGGAGAAACCAUAUCAGUGCUUGGAUUGUGGAAAGAGCUUUAAUAGAAGCACAGACUACUGUCGUCAUCAAAGAAUUCACAGUGGAGAGAAGCCAUAUCAAUGUUUGGAAUGUGGAAAGAGCUUCAGCCAGAGUUCCAACCUCACUUCUCAUCAGAGAAUUCACAGUGGGACAAAACCAUAUCAAUGCUUGGAAUGUGGACACAGCUUCACAUCCAAGCGAAGUCUCACUUCCCAUCAAAGAAUUCAUACAGGGGAGAGGCCAUAUCAGUGCUUGGAAUGUGGAAAGAGCUAUAGCUGGAAGGACAGUCUCACUUCCCAUCAAAGAAUUCAUACAGGGGAGAAACCAUACCAAUGCCUGGAAUGUGGAAAGACCUUUCAUAGAAGCACACACUUCCGCCGUCAUCAAAGAAUUCAUAGCGGGGAGAAACCAUACCAAUGCUUGGAAUGUGGAAAGAGCUUUAGCUGGAAGGAAAGUCUUACAUCCCAUCAGAGAAUUCAUACGGGGGAGAAACCAUAUAAAUGCUUAGAAUGUGGGAAAAGCUUUCAUGCAAGCAGGAAUUUUCAUCAUCAUCAAACUAUUUCCAGUGGACAGAAACCUUAUCAGUGUCAGGAGUGUGGAAUGAACUUCGUUCAGAAGAGUGCCAUCAUUUCCCAUCAAUGAAUUCACAGUGGGAAGAGGCCGUAUCAGUGCUUGGAAUGUGGAAUGAGCUUCAGCUUCAGGAAAAGUCUUGCUUCCUGUCAAAGAGUUCAUGUAGGAGAGAAACCAUAAAUGUAGUGGUGGGUGGUGGUCACUGGACCUGGCAGGGUUGCUAGGAGAUAAUGGAGGCGUGCCAAAUGAGGUCACAGAGACAUAGCCAGGUUGUUCCCUGUUGUCGUCCUUUGCAAUGUUACUGUGGACACUUAAGCAUUGCAGUUGUACUACUACCUAGCAACUAACUAAACUGAAAAGUGUCUUACUUUGGUCCAGAAGGAAUCCCUGAUGUCAUUGCUGCUCCUUUGCCAGGAGAGAAGCUGUAGGCUCCGCCUGUCUGGUUUUCUGCCAGUCCUCCUUUGCAAAGAAACCUGGACACUUAAACCUUACAGUAGUAUAGAUAUGUAGCACCUAAGUGUCUUGCCUUGGUUCAGAAUUGCCGUCAGUGUUCAGUGUGGGUUCAUGAGGCAAGCUUAAAUUACUCAGAUGUAAGCCCCACUGAAUUUCAUGGGGAUUAGUCCCUAAUCAGCGUGUAGAGGAUAGCCGCCUGAAUUGCACAGUCUUAAAAGUGCCGCGCAGGACUGUUAAGAAAGGCUCCCAUAAUUUUCUAGACAUUUAGGGAAAGAUUAUCCCCGUUCCCCACUUAAUUCACUUCUUUCCAGAAUGUGGAAUAAGGUGGAAGGCUGUUAAGUUGGCCGGGACCUGGGAGAUCCGGGUUAAAAUCACCACUCAGUGAGGAAGCUCACUGUGUGACCUUGGGCCCGUCACUGUCUCUCAGCCUAACCUAUUUCACAGGGUUGUUGUGAGGAUAACAUUGGGGAAAAGAGAAUCAUGAAUUCGUCCUUGAGCUCUUUGAAGGAAAGCUGAAAUGUAAUACUUAUAAAUAAAGAAUGAUAAUAAUAAAAAG